CUCUCUCUCUCUCUCUCCAUCUAUGGCUUCGAUGGCGAGAUCUCGGGCGCUCCUCCUCGCGCUCUCAGCUCCGUUCUUCUUCCUCGUUCUCUCCGUCAGCGCUGCUGUUCCAUCUGGGUCUGCUGAUGGUUUCACGAUCAAUGGCCGCGCUAGGAUCCCCGGAGCUGGUGCAAUAAUGUUUGGUCUUCCGGGAAAGAUAUCGGAUGCUAAAGUUAUACUCAAUGGUGGCAAGAGAAUUACUUUCCUUAGACCGGAUGGAUACUUUUCAUUCCAUAAUAUCUCGGCUGGGACGCAUCUAAUUGAGGUGUCCGCCCUUGGAUAUUUCUUUUCGCCGGUACGAGUUGAUGUCAGUGCUAGGAAUCCUGGCAAGGUGCAGGCUGCCCUGACAGAGAGUAGGAGGAUCUUGAAUGAGUUGGUUUUAGAGCCAUUGCGAGAGGAACAGUACUAUGAGAUUAGAGAACCCUUCUCCAUAAUGUCCCUGGUGAAGAGCCCGAUGGGUCUGAUGGUUGGUUUUAUGCUGAUUGUUGUUUUCCUAAUGCCAAAAUUAGUUGAGAACAUGGAUCCCGAAGAAAUGAGGCGAGCUCAAGAAGAGAUGAGGAAUCAAGGAGUUCCAUCUCUGUCAAACUUGUUGCCUGGAGCGGCAAGGAGCAACUAAAUGCAUCAGUCUGAUUACUAGGGACCUCUCAUUGUCUUUGAAUGGCAUUUGAAUCGUCGGGUGGAAUCACGCAGCUUAAACAUUUACUUGUGAAGAACUUUUACUUAGGGGGAGGAUCUAAAAAGCAUUUAUGGAAGCAUUUUCUCUUGAACCACUUAGUGGAUGUUUUGAUUUAUGCAGGUUAAUUUAAGGAUGAAAUUGUUUAGCUUGAUGCUUGAGGCAUACUUUGUGAGUCACCGGAGGUGUACCUUCUUCAUGUAGAUUUGUACCUCUGCUAUGUUGUACCAUUAGCCACGAAACAGGGGAUAUAUACAUUAGUUGAGUCACUUCGAAGAAGUUUGCUACUAA